GCUAUUGCUAAAAGUGGUGCCUUCUUUGAACCAGGCACUGGACCUGUAUGGUUGAAUAACCUGUACUGUGCUGGCACUGAAUACUAUUUACGCAAUUGUGAUUAUUCGUGUACAGGAAAUUCUUGUGGUCACGAUAGAGAUGCGUCGGUUAUAUGUAAACUUCAGUAUAGACUGAAAGGAGGAUCAGGACCACAUGAAGGACGGGUGGAAGUUUUAUAUAAUCGACGAUGGGGUGCAAUCUGUAGUGACAACUGGGGACCAGAAGAAGCUGCCAUUGUAUGUGAUGAACUUGGAUUUGAUAAAAAAGGGGCAGUAGCUAAACAAAAUGCAUAUUUUGGUGCUGGAACAUUACCUUUAAUUCUACACAAUGUCGACUGUAUCGGCCAUGAAGAUGCAUUAGCUAGCUGUAAACAUAACGGUUGGGGAAAAACAGGUUGCAGUCAUUCUGAAGAUGUUUCGGUGGUUUGCCAGCCAUUGGUUCGACUUGUGGAUGGUUCAGGACCUCAUGAAGGAAGGGUAGAAGUGUUUGUUGAAGGUCAAUGGGGAACCGUUUGUGAUGAUGGAUGGACCACUGCAGCAACUAGAGUUGUUUGUAAAGAGCUUGGAUAUACCACGACUGAUGCUGUGUAUAAGAGAGGUGCUUAUUUUGGACAGGGAACUGGACCAAUCCUAUUUGAUGACGUAUACUGCAGAGGUUCUGAAGCUCAUCUCAGGGACUGUAAACACUCAUGCUGGGAUCAGAAAAACUGUAACCACGCAAAGGAUGUCUCGGUCAUCUGUAAACUUCCAGUUAGAUUAGUAGGCGGACCAGAACCCAAUGAAGGACGAGUGGAAGUAUUUUAUAAUAAUGAGUGGGGAACUGUAUGUGAUGAGGGAUGGGGAGAUGAAGAGGCUUCAGUUGUUUGUAGAGAUCUUGGAUUUCAUCCAGAUGGAGCUGUUGUUAGAAAGGGAUCUCACUUUGGACAAGGCAGUGGCCAGAUAUGGCUAGAUAAAGUGAAAUGUAAUGGUUCAGAAGCCGUUCUUGCAAAUUGUGAGCAUAAUGGAUUCGGUCAAGCUACAUGUGGUCACGCGAACGACGUGUCUGUCAUCUGCAAACCUAUUCCAUACCGACUAGUGGGAGGGUCUGGACCUCGAGAAGGCCGUCAAGAAGGUAAUUGA